AUGGAUGGAAGACCACCUACACGCCUCAAAGCGGCGGGGAGGCUCACCUCGGAUCUCCUGCAAGGUUCCCUUAUCCAAGAAAUGGCACGUCAUAAAAAGAAGCAGUCCGUGUCAGGUGAGCUCCACAGAGCAACCCUCGCGGAUAAAUUGGAUGGAGCAACAGGCGCAAGACAGUGCAGUUCCCGUUCUUCCUCCGGUGCCACUGGUGUAUCCACCAUUCCUUGUCUCUUUGUGUGUCCUUCUUGCAAUAAAGAAUGUAAAACGAAGUCCGCUCUUCUAAGUCACUUACGUUUUAAACAUCCACCUAAUGUCUCACCUUCUGUUCCUGAACAUCAGUCACCAUCUCAAAUCCUGCAGGAAGUGUUCUCAUAUCCAUGUACAGAAUGUGAAAGAUCUUUUCCUACAAAGAUAGGACACAGUUUACACCUUAAAGCAAGACAUCCAAACAAGUACUAUUCAGAACAGGUAACAACUCAGAAGAAAAGUCGUUGGGAUGAAGAAGAAGACCUUCUCUUAGCGAAUGCUGAAUUACAGGCACUAAAGACAAACAUCAAAAAUAUAAAUCAACAUAUACUUGCCACCAACAUCUUACCUGGGAGAACACUUGAAUCGAUUAAGGGCAGGAGAAAGCAAACCAAAUACCUUGAUCUCCUAUCUACCCUUCAACAAGAAAUCUUCAUCGGCAAUAACACAGAACAUAAACAAGAAGAAGAAACAAUUCAAGAACCAGAACAUGAAACCCUUAACUGGAAGAUAAACAUUCUUAAACAUCUUAAACAAAUACCAUCAGGGGAAGGAGCAAAAGAAACUGAACUUGAUCAGAUUAUAGAUGUACUUAACAUCUCUACACUUGACAAUAACACCAUCAUGGACUUGCUAGACAAACAAGCUGAAGCAAAACCACCACCAAAACAAUUCAUUGCAAAGAAAUCUACAAUGUUGGACGGUAGAGGACUUCGAUUCUCUAAAGAAGUUCCAUAUAACCACAGUUGGAAGACCGACGGGAACAAACUGCAGAGUGGUACCUCCUUCAUUAACAGUGUAAAAGUUCAUGGAAAUUUACUACCAACACAGGCAAGAGCAUCCCGCGGGCGCAACGAAACACCAAUGUGCGAUGCGGGUUGUAACAGUAGAGCAUCGUUAAGCCAUAUAGCUCAAGCCUGUUGCAGAACACAUAAUAGUCGAAUAAAACGCCACGAUGCCUUAGUCAAUUUCAUAGAACAACAAUUCCAUCGACUAGGCUAUACAACAAUUAAAGAACCAAAAAUAAUAACAUCCGCCGGUCUUAGAAAACCUGACCUAAUUGUCAACAGCGGACUACAAACACAUGUCCUGGACGCCCAGAUUAUUAACGACUAUGACGACCCGGAAACAUUACAUCAAAAGAAAAAGCAAUAUUACGAUAAUGAAGACAUCACAAACUGGGUCAAGAUUAAAACCAACAAUCCCUCAGUUUCAUUUUCUACCAUCACGUUUAACUGGAGAGGAUGCAUGUCCAAUUCAUCAUACAACGACUUAAGAGCGCUUGGCUUGACCAAAAGAGAUCUUGUAAUUGCAACUGUAAGAAUACUUGAGAUGACCCACGCCUGUUGGCGAAUCUACACACAGAGCACCUUGAAAAAACGGGGACGCACUCAAUGA